GAUCUCCCAGCCGAGCCAAGACAUAGGUUAACAUUUUACAGUAUUUUCUGUAAGAUUUCCAUUAAAUAGAUUAACACUUAAUUUUCCUAUGAGAUAAGACUAAUGCAAAAAGUAGGUAUUCUUUUUCUAUAUUAUAAACUGAAGUUUUAUCAUGUUUAAUAGCCAAAUAGCUAAUGUUUAGGUCAACAGUGUCAAAGAUUGUUGUAUAAUGGAUGAUUGGUUAGGUUUGCCUAUAUUCCACCAAUUCACUUCACAACAGGAAUGGCCCACACAACAUAGAACGCACAAAGUUUUUGUACAGGAAAUUAAGUCCAGACAUCACACAUAUCACCAUAAAUUAUAAAAUCACAUAAUAUACUCCUUCACAUGGUUCACUGAAACUUUCUUCAACUGCUCAUAUUCAUUCUUCAAGGUACUUUAACACAGCAUUCAUUAGGGAGAGAAGAAUUUUUAUCUUACAAAUAUUCACAGCACAUUACACUUUUCUAUACCACUUCUAUAAUAUCUUUCCAGAACCUAGAGUUGAUGUUUCAGUUCAAACUAAAACAUGAAAUUCACUGAUAAAAUCCAUGGUAUACACACCGCAAAGAAAUAUAGAUAUUCUCACCAUUCUCAGAGCCUUUGGAGAAUCACAGAUCAAUCAGGGGCUAUUCACUAAAUUAUUCUCAUAAUAAUCAUAAGAUAGACCCCAAAAAUCUUUCAUGAAAUCGGGUUCAGCUGCUUUUUAAAAAAGUACCUUACUUAAAUGAAAUGUAAUAUGAACAUAAUUCUAUAUAUCUGGCUGUACUGAUUUUAUUUCAAAACUAAAAAAACCAACUUGGUGUCCAAACAACAUGCUUUAAUAAAAAAAUUUCACCCAAAAUUUUAGGAGACACGCAAUCACUCUCCAAGUUCCAGUGUUGAGUGAUGGAACUAUUCGUCGUCACUCUAUCAACUUACCUGUGCCACCUGUGCUAGAAUCAAUGGACAAUUUGAUGCCACAUCAGCUGGACAUCAACAUCAUGGUCAUGGGAUUGGAAAGUCUGACCACUACUGCUGGGUCUGAGGCAGACCAGAUGUCACCAGCAAACUCUUCUCAAGGAGACCAAGACACUGUCGGUCAAAGAAUACCCAAGUCAAUCAUUGAUAUUUUAGUAACACCACCAACCAGUGAAAUUUGA